CAGCUCAUCCAAGGAUUGACGAAAGGCCAACAUCAGUCGAGGCUUUGGGGCGUCAACACGCUGCCAUUGGUCCGCCGCGGUCCCAAAGGUCACGCUGUCUUCUUGCGAAAGCCUUUAACUAGCCGCCGCUGCGCAGGGUCGUUCGGAGGGGCGGAUGUGCGUCUCCCCGCUACAUUUCUUAUGUGGUGAAUUUGUCUGCUUGUGUUGAUGUUGUUUAUGAUGGAAAAUGUUUCCGAUGUCACAAUGUUGACUCUGUCUGGUUUGAAUUUUCCAUUUGCUCAGAGACUCACCAUUUUUGUGCUUGUGCUACUCUGCUACCUCAUCAUCCUGCUGAGCAAUUUGACCAUCGUUUUGGUCAUCGUUGCAGACAGGAAGCUCCAUCAGCCCAUGUAUGUCUUCCUGUGUAACUUAUGCAUCAACGCCGUGUACGGGUCGGUCGGCUUUUACCCCAAAUUCCUGGUGGAUCUCCUGUCGUCUCAUGUGAUUUCAUACGCCGGCUGCAUGCUGCAAGGUUAUGUCAUACACUCGUCAAAUUGCUGCGAUUUUUCCAUCUUGGCACUGAUGGCUUACGACAGGUACGUGGCUCUGUGCCGGCCUCUUGCUUAUCGAUCUUUCAUGACGCGGCAGCGAGUGUCGCUCUUUGUGUUUUUGUCCUGGUUCAUACCUCUGUUUUGUAUGUUUAUGAACACGGCAUCCCUCUUGGGGAAAAAGCUGUGCGGCUCUCACAUCAACAGGCUCUACUGCGUCAACCUGAUGGUGGUCAACCUCGCUUGCUCCCCGGCCAGAGCCAACAGCAUCAUCGCGGCGUUCAACAUCGGGCUUUAUUUCUUGCACUUUCUGUUUAUUUGUGGGUCUUAUGUGUAUCUGAUCAAACUGUGCAUUUCGUCCACACAGAUGUGGAAAAAGUUCAGGCACACGUGCUCGCCGCACUUGGCCUGCCUGCUCACUUACACCGCGACCGUGCUGCUGGAUUUGUUGUACAUGCGAUUCGGUUCGGUGCAGUUGUCUCAACACUUGCACAAUUUCAUGACCAUUGAAUUUCUCCUCAUUCCUCCAAUUUUGAAUCCACUCAUCUACGGGCUGCAGCUGACACACAUCCGCAACAGGAUAUUGAGUUUUUUCCAUACGAAAAAGAAGAUACGCAGCUUUUAGACCGAGGAAAUGUGUCUGCGUGCGGGCAAUAUGUCGGAUGGGAUAUUUAUGAAUGAGGGUUUUGUCCAGAAACAAAAAUGAAAGAAUGGAGGUUAUUUCACGUGGUCUCCAUUAGUGGUCAGUGCAGACUAUCAUUUUGCUGUGCUUUGUUUUUGCAUCAUGAAAUAUACAGGCUCAUCUAAAUAAAUUUGAGUAUGGCAGAAAAUUGAUUUAUUUUAGUCGUGAAAAGUAGAUGAAUACCUUUCACAAUGUGGACUAAUUUCUAGAGUCAAUAUCAUCUUGGUUUUUAUUCUAUUCAAGUAAUAUGCUUAUUUCUUGACAUCUUGAAUUUCGAGGUUUUGCUAUCUUUAAUAAUAAGGACUAAAAUAUUGUAUCAUAAACUAUUCACUCUGUGUGUUCGUAAUUCAAUAAUCUGCAAGUUUGACUUUUUUUUAAAAAUUGAUCUACGGAAAUGAAUUCAGUUUUCAGUGAUGUGCUAAUUCAUUGAAGUGGAUCUGUAUUAUUUGAGUUUAAUUGCGCAGUGCUCACUUUUCAAAUGAUUUCAUGUUGCAAUUCGCACGUUUUGUUUGUAAUUCAACGGAGAAUAGCUGUCGAAUACAAGGGAGUAUUCAGUGACGCUGUGCAAUGUUACUCAAUGAAGAAAUGUCUCAUUUUCAUUGUCAGUCUUGUUGAAUAAGAACUCCUUUUCCAAUAAACUACACAUCACAAAUGACACAUUCACAUUUGUUGAGAACUAUGCCAACCACCCACUGUGCUUGCCAACUUUUUAAUGUUGGAGUCUGACAACAACAUACAAUCUUCAAUAUUAAUCAAGUCAUGCCAUUUGGACUAUAAAUAACCAUAAUCUUUUUGUCACAGCGGUCAUGAAAUUAUCUUAUUUCGAAAUUUGCAUUUGAAUAUUUCCGGUGUAGCGCUUCCUGUUUAACGCGGUUCGCAAAAAAGUAACUUGACGUCUUAAGUACGGCCAGAGUUUGUUCCGGAGUCAUACCAAACGCAAACUUUUACGCUGGCAGGCCCUCCGAAGAUGCGAAAAGUGUUUUUUUUUUUUUGUAAUCAUUUUAUGUCUAUGAACACUUACGUUUGCUAAUAUUUAGUGUAGAACGUGAUCUAUGUUAAUUAUCUGUAUGUGUUGUGCAUUCUGUUUCAGCUCCUGCGGUGAUCAGACCACGGUUGUGGUUCUAUGUUGCUCACAAAUAAACGGCAAAAAUCA